AUGGCUUGGAUUUCGUGCCCGUGCUGGGGAGCCAACGACGAUGAAAGCGCCGGCGAGGUAGCGGACAGAGAUCCCGUCGUCCUCGUUUCUGGCAUCGGAGGCUCGAUUCUGCAUUCUAAGAAGAAGGGUUCCAAGUACGAGAUCCGGGUUUGGGUCCGAAUAUUUCUCGCCAACCUUGCUUUCAGACAGAGCCUCUGGUCUCUCUACAAUCCCAAAACAGGUUAUACAGAGGCAUUGGAUGAUAACAUUGAAAUAUCAGUCCCUGAUGAUGAUCAUGGACUCUAUGCAAUUGACAUUCUAGAUCCUUCCUGGUUUGUAAAGCUUUGUCACUUGACGGAUGUUUAUCACUUUCACGAUAUGAUAGAAAUGUUGGUUGGAUGUGGUUAUAAGAAGGGGACUACUUUAUUCGGAUAUGGUUACGAUUUCCGGCAAAGCAACAGGAUUGGUCAACUUAUACUAGGUCUGAAGAAGAAGCUAGAAACUGCAUAUAAACGUUCAGGGGAGCGAAAAGUCACUAUCAUCUCUCAUUCAAUGGGAGGACUUAUGGUUUCAUGUUUCAUGUAUCUCCAUCCGGAGGCUUUCUCCAAGUAUGUAAAGAAAUGGGUUACAAUUGCAACACCUUUCCAAGGAGCUCCAGGAUGCAUCAAUGAUACACUCUUGACUGGAGUGCAAUUUGUGGAAGGCUUAGAGAGUUUCUUCUUUGUGUCACGUUGGACGAUGCACCAACUGUUGAUUGAGUGCCCAUCUAUCUAUGAGAUGAUGGCAAAUCCGGAUUUCAAGUGGAAGAAACAACCAGAGAUUCUAGUUUGGCGCAAGAAGAAAUCUGAAAACGAUGAUACUUCUGUAGAAGUGGAAACGUUUGGCCCAACUGAGAGUGUAGGUUUAUUCAACGAUGCAUUGAAAGAUAACGAGCUAAGCUAUGGAGGGAAUAAAAUAGCUCUACCCUUUAAUAAUUCCAUCCUCGAUUGGGCGGUUAAGACAAGAGAAAUUCUCAACAAAGCACAGCUUCCAGAUGGAGUUUCCUUCUAUAACAUUUACGGUGUAUCACAGGACACGCCCUUUGAUGUUUGUUAUGGCACAGAGACUUCUCCAAUUGGGGAUUUGUCUGAAAUAUGUCAAACUAUGCCUGAGUAUACAUAUGUAGACGGCGAUGGAACAGUACCAGCUGAAUCAGCAGCAGCUGCUCGGUUUAAAUCGGUUGCAAGCGUAGGAGUUUCCGGUACACAUCGCGGGCUUCUCCGCGAUAAGAGAGUGUUUGAGCUCAUCCAGCUAUGGCUAGGAGUUGAGCCUAAGAAGAAGGCCAAACGGAAGAAUUUAAAGACGCGCAAAGUUGUUGAUUCUUGUUAA